CCGGUGCGGGCGGAGCGGCGGCGGCGGCUCGGGCGGCGGCUCUCGGAGCUCUGAGGCGCGGGGCGCGGCGGGCGCAGGGCUCAUGUAAUCAAAGAAGUUUCUUUGUUGUGUGUAUCUUUUCAGAACACAACAGGAAUUGAAAAUGAAUCAGAGCACAGCUGAGCCUGUGGCGGCCGCUGAGAGCCUGGCGGAGGUACCCGAACAUGUGCUUCGAGGCCUUCCGGAGGAAGUGAGGCUUUUCCCAUCUGCUGUUGACAAGACUCGCAUUGGUGUCUGGGCCACUAAACCAAUUUUAAAAGGCAAAAAGUUUGGGCCAUUUGUUGGUGAUAAGAAAAAGAGAUCUCAGGUUAAGAAUAAUGUAUACAUGUGGGAGGUCUACUACCCGAAUCUGGGGUGGAUGUGCAUUGACGCCACCGAUCCUGAGAAGGGGAACUGGCUGCGAUAUGUGAACUGGGCCUGCUCGGGGGAAGAGCAGAAUCUGUUUCCACUGGAAAUCAACAGGGCCAUUUACUAUAAAACGUUAAAGCCAAUCGCGCCGGGCGAGGAGCUCCUGGUCUGGUACAAUGGGGAAGACAACCCCGAGAUAGCAGCUGCGAUUGAGGAAGAGCGAGCCAGCGCCCGGAGCAAGCGGAGCUCCCCGAAAAGCAGGAAAGGGAAGAAAAAAUCCCAGGAAAAUAAAAACAAAGCAAACAAAACUGAAGACAUACUGCUGAAGACAAGUGAGCCAGAUUCUACUCUUGCAAAUAUGAGAGAUUCUGUGGAAGGUCCCAAAGACGAAGACGAGAAGCCUUCAGCUGCCACCACCGAGCAGCCAGCCGAGCCUCAGGAGGCGGUGAGUCAGGAGGUGCUUCCGGAGCUUGGCACCCCUCCCCCGGCCUGCGAGCCACCGACAGACCCGGACGUGAAGCCAGAGGCAGCAAGUUGUGAGGCCAACGAUGUGGAGGAGGAGGAGGAGGAGGAGGAGGAGGAGGAGGAGCUGGAGGACGAGGGGGACGAAGCUGCCGUGGUGCCAGAUGCAAGUCCCGUGAAAGAGCCAGAGAUACGGUGUGACGAGAAGCCGGAAGAUUUAUUAGAAGAACCGAAAUCUAUUUCGAAAGAAGUUCUUGAAGACUCUCCAGAGGUGACACCUGUUAUCAAAAUUCCCAAAGCUAAAGAGGAGGCCAAUGGUGAUGUGUUUGAAACAUUCCUGUUUCCAUGUCAGCAUUGUGAGAGGAAGUUCACGACCAAACAGGGGCUGGAACGCCACAUGCACAUCCACAUAUCUACCAUCAACCACGCCUUCAAGUGCAAGUACUGCGGGAAAGCGUUCGGCACCCAGAUCAACCGGCGGCGGCACGAGCGGCGCCACGAGGCGGGGUUAAAGCGGAAGCCCAGCCUGCCACUGCCGCCCGCAGAGGACGCGGCCGACGGCCGGGCAGCCGGGGACGCCGUCCCCGCCAAAGAGGACGCCACCCCACCCGGUCUUGGGCCAGACUGUCUGAUCGUGAACUCAGAGAAAGCGUCCCAAGAAACGGUGGAUUCUUCUGUUGCAGAGGAGAGCGGAGAGGCGAAAGAGCUUCACCCCUGCAAAUACUGUAAGAAAGUUUUUGGAGCUCACACCAACAUGAGGCGGCAUCAGCGCAGGGUUCACGAACGCCACCUCAUUCCCAAAGGUGUGCGGCGAAAAGGAGGCCUCCCGGAUGAGCCGCAGCCCCCGGCCGAGCGGGCCGCCCCAGCCCAGAGUGUCUACGUCCCCAGCACGGAGCCAGAGGAGGAGGGGGAGGCCGACGACGUGUACAUCAUGGAUAUCUCUAGCAAUAUCUCUGAAAACUUAAACUACUACAUCGACGGUAAAAUCCAGACCAGCAGCAGCACCAGUAACUGUGACGUCAUUGAGGUGGAGCCCGGCUCGGCGGACUUGUAUGGUAUCAACUGCCUGCUCACUCCGGUUACGGUGGAGAUCACUCAGAGCAUAAAGGCCACGCGGGUCCCGGUGACUGACGAGCUCCCUAAAGAGCCUUCCAGCAGCACGAACAGUGAGUCCAAGAAGCGGAGAACAGCCAGUCCUCCCGUGUUACCCAAAAUUAAAGCUGAAACCGAGUCCGACCCCGCAGCGCCCUCUUGUUCCUUGAGUCUGCCUCUCAGCAUAUCAACGACAGAGGCGGUGUCUUUCCACAAAGAGAAGAGUGUGUAUUUGUCAUCGAAGCUCAAGCAGCUCCUCCAAACCCAGGAUAAGCUCACUCCUCCCGCAGGGAUUUCGGCCCCUGACAUACCUAAAUUGGGGCCUGUGUGCGUGUCCGCUCCUGCCUCGAUGCUGCCUGUGACCUCGAGCAGGUUUAAGAGGCGGACCAGCUCUCCUCCCAGCUCUCCACAGCACAGUCCUGCCCUCCGGGACUUUGGAAAGCCAGGUGAUGGGAAGGCCAUGUGGACCGAGGCAGUUCUGAGUUCCAAAAAACCCAAAUUAGAAAAUCAUAGCAACUCACCAGCAUGGAGUUUGUCUGGGAGAGAUGAGAGAGAAGCCGGGAGCCCGCCAGGCUUUGAUGAGUAUAAAGUGUCUAAAGAGUGGGCAGCUAGCUCUACUUUUAGUAACGUGUGCAACCAGCAGCCGCUGGAUUUAUCGAGCGGCGUGAAACAGAAGGCCGAGGGUACGGGCAAGACUCCGGUCCAGUGGGAAUCUGUGUUAGAUCUCAGCGUGCAUAAAAAGCCUUGUAGCGACUCUGAAGGCAAGGAAUUCAAAGAAAAUCAUUUGGUGCCACCAGCCUGCAGUGCUGUGAAGAAAAAGAAACCAACCACCUGCAUGCUGCAGAGGGUUCUUCUCAAUGAGUACAAUGGCGUCGACGUGCCUGUAGAAAGUGCCCCCGAGGCGACCAGGAGCCCGAGUCCCUGUAAAUCCCUCGACCCCCAACCGGAUGCUGACCUUGCUCCCGACCCUGGUUUAUCUGCCCCUGCUGUCGGGUGCCCACCUGACGUCUCUCCUUCGUCACCUGCCCUGCAGACGCCUUCCCUUUCUUCCGGGCAGCUGCCUCCUCUCUUGACCCCCACAAAUCCCUCCUCCCCUCCACCCUGUCCUCCUGUGUUAACCGUUGCCACACCACCCCCUCCACUGCUUCCUACUGUACCUCUCCCAGCCCCCUCGUCCGGGGCAUCCCCUCGUCCCUGUCCCUCUCCACUCUCGAAUGCCACUGCACAGUCCCCUCUUCCAAUUCUCUCCCCGACGGUGUCUCCCUCGCCGUCUCCUGUUCCUUCCGUGGAGCCCCUAAUGUCUGCUGCUUCGCCGGGGCCUCCGACACUCUCUUCGUCUUCCUCCUCGUCGUCUUCAUCUUCCUUCUCCUCUUCAUCCUCCUCCUCUUCCCCUUCCCCACCUCCUCUCUCAGCAGUGUCAUCCGUUGUUUCCUCUGGGGAUAAUCUGGAAGCCUCUCUCCCCAUGAUAUCCUUCAAACAGGAGGAAUUAGAGAAUGAAGAUCUGAAGGCCAGGGAGGAAGCCCAGCCCGCCACUGAGCGGGAUGUUGUCCAGGAAACAUUCAACAAAAACUUCGUCUGCAACGUCUGUGAAUCGCCUUUUCUUUCCAUUAAAGAUCUAACCAAACAUUUAUCCGUUCAUGCUGAAGAAUGGCCCUUGAAAUGUGAAUUUUGUGUGCAGCUCUUUAAGGCGAAAACUGAUUUGUCAGAACAUCGCUUUCUGCUUCAUGGAGUUGGGAAUAUCUUUGUGUGUUCGGUUUGUAAAAAAGAAUUUGCUUUUUUGUGCAAUUUGCAGCAGCACCAGCGAGAUCUCCACCCAGAUAAGGUGUGCACACACCACGAAUUUGAAAGUGGCACCCUGAGGCCCCAGAACUUUACUGAUCCCAGCAAAGCCCACGUAGAGCAUAUGCAGAGCUUGCCAGAAGAUCCUUUAGAGACGUCUAAAGAGGAAGAGGAGUUAAACGACUCUUCCGAAGAGCUUUACACAACCAUAAAAAUAAUGGCUUCUGGAAUAAAGACGAAAGAUCCGGAUGUUCGAUUGGGUCUCAAUCAGCAUUAUCCAAGCUUUAAACCACCUCCAUUUCAGUACCAUCACCGAAACCCCCUGGGCAUUGGUGUGACAGCCACAAAUUUCACUACACACAAUAUCCCACAGACUUUUACAACCGCCAUUCGCUGCACCAAGUGUGGGAAAGGUGUGGACAACAUGCCCGAGCUCCACAAACACAUCCUGGCAUGUGCUUCCGCUAGUGACAAGAAGAGGUAUACCCCGAAGAAAAAUCCGGUGCCCCUGAAACAGACUGUGCAACCCAAAAACGGUGUGGUGGUUUUGGACAACUCUGGGAAAAAUGCCUUCAGACGGAUGGGACAGCCCAAAAGACUGAACUUCAGUGUUGAGCUCAGCAAAAUGUCCUCAAAUAAGCUCAAGUUAAACGCGUUGAAGAAAAAAAACCAGCUCGUCCAGAAAGCCAUCCUUCAAAAGAACAAAUCUGCGAAGCAGAAGGCCGACCUAAAGAACGCUCCGGAGUCGUCCUCGCACAUCUGCCCGUACUGCAACAGGGAGUUCACGUACAUCGGGAGCCUGAACAAGCACGCCGCCUUCAGCUGUCCCAAAAAGCCUCUUUCUCCUUCCAAAAAAAAAGUUGCCCACUCGUCCAAGAAAGGCGGACACCCCUCCCCUGCAAGUAGUGACAGAAGCAGCAGCCACCGCAGACGGACGGCGGACACGGAGAUCAAGAUGCAGAGCACACAGGCGCCUUUGGGCAAGACCAGAGCCCGCAGCUCGGGCCCCGCACAGGUCCCCCUGCCCUCCUCUUCCUUCAGGUCCAAGCAGAAUGUUACAUUUGCAGCUUCGGUCAAGUCCAAAAAACCAAGCUCCUCUUUAAGGAACUCGAGCCCAAUCCGAAUGGCCAGAGUGACUCACGGCGAGGGCAAGAAACCCAAAGCCACGGCCAAGACGCGGGCGGCUCAGCUCCCGGGCAGGGCGUCGCGGAGCCUGCACGCGAGGGCGCAGAAGAGCAGGGCUGUCUUACAGAGCAAAGCCGCCUUGGCCAGUAAGAAAAGAACAGACCGCUUCAGUGUCAAAUCUAGAGAGCGGAGCGGGGGGCCCAUCACCCGAAGCCUGCAGCUGGCAGCUGCUGCCGACCCGAGUGAAAGCAGAAGGGAGGACAGCAGUGGCAAGCAGGAGCUGAAGGACCUCAGCUACAGUCUCCGCCUGGCGUCCCGGUGUCCGCCGCCAGCCGCCCCCUACAUCACCAGGCAGUGUAGGAAUGUCAAGGCCACAGCUGCAGCCCCGCUCCAGGGAUCCCUCUUCAAAGAGUAGACGCUUCGCCUGCUCCCCGACAGCACCUGAAGUGACCUGGAAGCAGUGAAGCCAAAGGGACUGGCCUUCUGCCCCGGAGGGAGCGCCGACCUAUUCCAGAUCCAUGAGCCUGCAAGAGGGCAGGAGAGAGCGCGUGUGUGUGCGUGUGUGCGUGCGCGUGUGCGGUCUGCGGACGAGGGCCCUGGGCCCCGGGGAGGCAGGGAGGCAGCUGACUCCACCCUGUGGAUGACACUUGGGUGCCGCCCCGGGACUGUGUUCUGCAGCUCAGCCUUCCUGCUGGGAUGGGGCCCCUCCUACUAUGCAAUUUUUCAAGAGCUCCUUGAUCCUGCUUUUUUUUUUUUUUUUUUUGCUUCUCCAGUUGUCUUCUGCCUCAGCGGGGACCUGGGCCUGGGCCUGGGCCUGGCCCCAGGGUCAGCUCCAGCCCUGCCGAGGAAGGCCUUUGGAGGAGGCCAAGUUCCCCUUCCAGCCAGCCCUGCCCCCGCCUUCCCUCUCCCCCAGCGUCUCUGGGAACCCUUAGCGUGUAGACACAUUGGAGCCUUGCUGACCAUCCCCCCUUGGCCCACGCACUUGGAAAACUGCCGUCUUUGCCUGAGCAAUCUGAGCCACUGGCUCCUGAGUGUUCUCCAGAUUUGCCAUUCUCGGCAGUCCCCAGCCUCUGGGAGCAAGUCCUCAACUCCAUUUAUAGAUCAGGCUCCUUCCUCCCGUGGGAGAGGCCGGGGCUGGGAUGCUGUGGGGGCCAGGGGGAGAGCUCCCCAUGUGCUUCUUGGCCUCGCUUGGAGGGACCAUCAACACCUUUAGUAUCGGAGCUUCUCAGAUUGGCUGAAAAGGGAAACAAACUAACAAAACUUGGGAAAUGAAAAAUAAAUGGGAGGAUUCAAAAGCCUAGGCGGGGAGAGAAAGUGAUUUCCAGAGGCUGUCCAUCACCUGCCAGGGAGCGAUGGAGUUGGCUCCAUCUCUGGUGGAACAGUCCAUGUCUCGGAGAAACGGGUGAGCUGAGCUAGGAGUUUGGACCCAGUUCAGUGAGGGUCUUGGGUUUUGUGCCUUUGGGGCAGACCCCAGACAAGGAUGUCUGAGACCACUGUGGCGCGGUUUUCUCGGCCCCAUUUUCAGUGGGGCUACAUACAUCAGACUGAAAGUGGAAGGAGGGGACUCUGAAGACUGCACACGAGUGGUCAUGCAAAAAACAAACAAAAAAAGGGACUUUUUUUCAGGGCUACUAUGGUUGAUCUUGCAACUCUGUAAAUAUGUACGUAGACACUUUUAAAAGCACGUAUUUAUGUCCCUGACUGUAAAUGCCCCCUUUUUAAAGUUUUAUAACUUGUGUUAUUUAAUUAAUCAGUCGAUUGGCUGCAGUGUGGGGUCUGAUAAUGGUCCCGGACAGAGAAAGGUCUCAUGAGAUCCUCACAUGGGCAGAAGAAUGCUGACUGGUGGCCCGCGUUACAGGUUUCCUAUUUCCCACCCAGCUAAAAACCGUGGUGUGUCUUAAAGUCUCGCAAACUGGACUCCUUCGGCCCGCUCCUCAAAUGAACCCUCACAAGCAUGAAACCCCGUGGCUGUUCAUUGUCCCAACGAUACGCUCUCGCCCCGUCAGCAUCGACACUCGCGACCUGCACCCCAGCCUCUCAAUUCAUGAGGGCUUUCCUUUCAGCUGCGAGGAAGGCCCACGAACCCAAAGCCUGGAAAGUCACCGGAUUCAGCCAGUGGCGAAUUCUGGACAAUGCGGCGGGGGGCCCGGGGGACACUCAUUUUUUUUUGCAUGUGUGAACAUGCUGGUUGGCCUCCGACACUCUCAAGACUGUCAGGAACACUAUCAUGAAUGUUCCCAUCAGGAAAAGAGUUGGGGCGUGGGUUUUAUUUUUAAAGAGCGGUGUCUCCCGGUCAGUGAUGGUCUUGGAGCGUGGGUCUGGAUUGAGGAAGAGGAAAGUUCUAUGUCUGCCAUGUGAAGAAGAUGGACAAUAAAAGUGUGGGGCGCGGUGGAGAGGAACAUUUUGG